UCAUGAGCAGUCUGGCGGAAUGUCUUCGCCCUCGGAUGUCCCAGCAUGCACCGCGCGGAUGCAGCAUAUGUUGACAAAAGAAACAGCAAGAGAAACAUAACAGGGUGGGAUCCGAGUUCAACAAAAGCAGUAACAAGUGGAGGGAAGAGGGGCCCAGUAAGACCUCGGACGGGAAGGAGAGAGGGUGCUCAGCUGGAGCCAAUGCAGCCCCAGCAGCAGAAUCGACAGCCUGAGCUCGUGGAGGGAAGCCUUCCUGUGUUUGUGUUCCCCACAGAGCUGGUCUUCUAUGCAGAUGAGCAGAACUCUCACAAACAAGUGCUCACACUCUAUAACCCUUAUGAGUUUGCACUUAAAUUUAAAGUGCUAUGCACAGCGCCAAACAAGUACACCGUGGUGGAUGCAACUGGAGCGGUUAAGCCACAGUGCCGCGUUGACAUAGUGAUCCGACACAGGGACGUACGUCCCUGCCAUUAUGGGGUUUACGACAAGUUCAGACUCCAGGUGUCGGAGCAGAGCCAGCGGAAGGCCCUGGGUCGCAAGGAGGUCUCCGCAACGCUGCAGCCGUCGGCCAAACAGGACCCGCCGCAUCCCCGGCCUCAGGAAGAAGAGCGCAGGCUGAAGGAACAGCUGGCAGACAGUGUGUUCUUUGAGCAGACCGCAUUUCAGACAGAAAGCCGGGCUGUUGCCGGAGGACCCAGUCUGUUGACUGUACUGCUGGGGCUGGUUUGCGUGGCUGCCCUGAUGCUUCCCACCUUGGGGGACGAAGAAUCCACUGUGCCUGUCUACCUCCACUUAAGUGUUAACAAGAAACUAGUCGCUGCUUAUGUUUUAGGUCUUCUUACAAUGGUCAUCCUGCGUACAUGAAGCCAGUGAGCUCGGAGAGAUACGAGGGAGGAAAGAGCCCUGCAAUACCCAGGGAUGUGUACCACUCUGCAGCUGGCAGUAAGGGAACAGGGCCCUGGGAUGUCUGUUCAUCUCUGACCCCUUCCUUGAAGCAUAUUCAUUUUGCCUACUUGUUGAAAUGUAUUUAUAUGAAUUAACAUUUAUCAUUGAACAAACACAGACAAUGAAGACCUCUAGAUCUUGGGUCAAGGAUCUCUCCGGUCGAGGAACUGGCUCUUUGGGUCCUAGAAAGGGCUGGUGAAGUAUGACAAGAGACAUUGAAUUACAGCGCUAUACUAAUGUUAUAUAUGCCCCGUCUGUACUUCCUUUGCCACCAUUUGACAGAAUGAUAAACUUGGUUAAGUUUUCAUGCAAUUCGCUACAUGUAUAUAAAACCAUUUGUUUUCUUACGCUACAUGUACAUAAAGCCAUUUCAGUUUUGUUAUAGGUUAACACGUUCAUCUGUCAUAUUAUUGAAUUUUAGACUAGAGUAGGUUCAGUAUUCUUUUUUUUUAAUGACAGUUCAAAUGUUAUUCUGGCUUCUUCAUUAAAUGUUGAAUAAAGUCUGAACGUCUUCAGAUCAGUAAA